UGAUGUAACAGCCAUGAAGGAGACACUUCAGGCUCAGCAGCUGCUUCUGCAGAAGCUAUAUGCCGAGUUGGAUAAGGAAAGAGAAGCCUCAGCUACAGCAGCAAGUGAAGCAUUGGACAUGAUACUGCGUUUGCAAGGAGAAAAGGCUGCGGUGAAGAUGGAAGCUAGUCACUAUAAGAGAAUGGCAGAGGAGAAAAUGGGGCAUGCUGAGGCAUCUCUUGAAGCCUUUGAAGAGCUUAUGUAUGAAAAGGAAAUGGAAAUUGCGUCUCUUGAGUUUCAAGUCCAAGCUUACAAGCACAAACUCCUGAGCUUGGGGUGUGAUCUAAAUGCCACUGAGUUUGAGUUCCCUGAGGAUUUGCUUUUGAAUACAAUUGAUCAACAAAAUGGAGAAAAGGGUCAAAGUAGCACUGUAAGAAGGCUUCAUUCAAUGCCCCCUAUUCCGUUUAAGAAUUCUAUUAGAGUUCCUAGAAAGAGGGAAAGAUCUCCUAGUCCAGUUCCAGUUUCAGAUGUGAUUCCUAAGGUAGUGGGAGAAAGCAUUGACCAUGAAGUUACUCCACCAAGCAUGGAUUUCACAAGAAAGUCAGAGGACUUUGCAUUUGGCAGUGAAACCCUUGAUUCAUAUUGGAAUCAGAUAAAGUUGUUAGAUGAACAAGUGAGAGUGAUUUCAGAUUGUACAGAAUUAGAAAAGAGUGCAAACUUGUGUAGUAGAAGAGGGAGGUCUUGUUCAAUAUUUUCACAAGCUAGCACUAAGAUAACCCGUGACCAAACAGAUAGCUUUCCCUCUAUUAAUUCAGAUAAAGUAAAUCAUGGUGAAAGUACACAUGAUAGGAAGAAAGAAGUUGCUAAUUCUCCUUGCUUGCUUAAUGUCUAUGAUGUAUUUGAAGUCCCACAAACUAGUGAAAACCAUAAAGUCAGUGAACAUGGAAAAAAAGGGCUUGAGAAAUGGAAUUCUGAAGCAGAGAACAGAUUGACAAAACCGGACUCUGUCUCUGAUGGAAUUGUUGAAUCACUUGUUAAACAUGAUGCAGACAAGCAAAAGGGCAUGCUUAGAGUACACCGUGAAAUCAAAACACCUUGUCCUAAAGAUAUGAUGACCAUCAUUGGUCAGAAAAAAGAAAGGGAGGGUGUGGAUUACAAUGCUCAAGCUGAGUUUCAAAAGUUGCAUCAGAGAAUUGAGAGGCUUGAGAGGGAGAGAAAUAGUGCAAGGCAAGAGAUUACUCAUGAAGGGGAUGGUGAAGAGCAAUUGAGGCUGUUGAAAGACAUGCAAAGUCAACUCAAAUUUAUACAGUCAGAGAUAAGAAGCUGGAAAACCAAAGAAGCCACCCCUAUGGAUGAUGUGCCUUUGGGUCUUCUCCAAGAGGCAAUGUUGCACUUUUGGCUUUGAUCAAGUAACUACUGAAUGACCAACUCAGACGACCAAUCAACUCACUGCUUCAUAUGAUGUACAUAUGCUUUGUCUACAAAGAGGAUUGUGUGGGGUAUAGGAUGGUAGAAUUUGAUCUUCUAAUUUGAAUUUAGUCACUGAAAAAUAUAUAUACAUUUCCCAUAACAACAUGUUGUACAUUAGGCACUGGUAUGACGGCAAUUUGAAACUCUUGUAGGCUUAAAUAUGGUUUCCUAUGUCUUUUUUCUUCCUGAGAUUGAAGUUGUGACAGACAUGGCUUAGUGGAUUG